UGUUCCGCCCCCUUUUCUCCAAAUUGCAUAGCAUACAUAGACGCACGGUUGCCCUCCUCCUUUCGUCGGCUGCCAGCUACAUAAACGCACCUCGGGUUAUAACGAUUCCAGUUUGCCUACCGUUUACAAUGAGUACAGCACAACCUAUAUUUUCCAAGGGGGAAAACUGCAAGCCAGUAUGGACGGACGCGAACGCUCAAUACGACGACACCGACACCCACCUCGAAAUUAUGGGGAAGCCGGUGAUGGAACGCUGGGAGACGCCGUACAUGCACGAGCUUGCCACGGUUGCAGCUUCCAAAGGGGGCCGGGUUCUUGAGAUAGGGUUUGGCAUGGCCAUCGCUGCGACAAAGAUCGAGUCUUAUCCGAUUGAGGAGCAUUGGAUAAUCGAGUGCAACGACGGGGUCUUCCAGAGGCUGGAAGAGUGGGCCAAGGCACAGCCACACAAAGUAGUUCCCCUGAAAGGUUUAUGGGAAGAAGUUGUACCAACACUGCCCGAUGGACACUUUGAUGGAAUUCUGUAUGACACCUAUCCUCUAUCGGAAGACACCUGGCACACACAUCAAUUCAACUUCAUCAAGGCCCAUGCCAACAGGCUACUGAAACCCAACGGAGUUCUGACCUACUGCAACUUGACAUCUUGGGGCGAGUUACUGAAGUCUAAAUAUGAUAACAUUGAGACCAUGUUCCAGGAGACUCAGGUGCCUCAACUCAUUGAGGCAGGCUUCAAGAAGGAGAAGAUUAGCACCACCUUACUGGACAUCAUUCCUCCAUCUGAGUGUAAAUACUAUUCCUUCCACAAGAUGAUCACUCCCACAGUCGUAAAGUCAUAAGGAUGAAAAAACAAUGUUGCCUUACAUUUGUAACUAUCCAAAGCCCCCUUUUCCAUCUACCAUCUUCCAUAACUACCUGCUAGUGCCUGAGCCACCAAAGUGUCUGUACCAUGAUAAGCUGUAGUAAUGUUGUCAGACCUACAAUCUCGCAAUUCAGUGAGUGAUCCUUUGGAUUAACGAGAGUCUUAAUAAGUCCUUUAUCUUUUACUUGAGCAUGAACAAGUAGCUGUUCUAGUCCAGUUGUUGAAAAUCAUACUGCAUUUCUAAAUGUUUCCUUUUUUAAAAUUUGGUCUAACCCACUAUGAGUCUCCAUGGUAACCAUGAAGUCAACCAUUUCCUGGUUUGGUACUUUGCACUACUAAUACGGAUGUUACACUGUAAUAUAGAACAAAUAAAUGACUUAAAACGAA